UCUCACUGUUGGAAGUGUACCUUGACAAAGCCCUAGUCAAACAUUUCAAAGUGAUAACUAACAAGCUGUUCAAUGUGGCGUGAUUAUGACCUUUACCCCUCAAGCACCUAUGAGAGCAUUGGGCGAUCCGAAGUUUCCUCUAUACCAGAAUGUAAUCACGAAAAGGAAAGCAAGAAACGAGAAAAGAGAGUUUACCUGUUUCUUUUCUUUUUAAUCAUUUUUGGAGCAGCA